ACAAAAUAGAUUCUAAAAAAAAUAGCUAUUAGGAUAUGCAACGCAAAAAAACUUAAAACGUUUUAAUAUUUGAAAACAAAUCCCGUGAUUUCAGAUUGGAGGAGAGACACGAAUGUAUGAGCCCGCGUUGAAGGCCGAAGACCUUUUUGACCAGCAGGCUACGCCUUAAUAUUGUUUUGCAACAAGAACAAACAGAAUAUUGAUAAGCCUCACUCGAGGAAGUAAUGGUAAUUAAUUUCGCGGAGAGAAAUCGUUAGAGCAAAAGUGUUUAUCCCCAAGUCAAUCGGAGGUUUGUCGUGAAUUAUGGCAUUGGUUCAGACAAGUUUUUACGCCAAUCCUUUGGAGACUUCCAGGCUUUCACAGCGCGAACUUCUCGCGCGCAUUUUCGGCCAUCAAGAAGCUAGCGAACAUGCCCACGGUAUGGAUUUCGAAGAAAGCUUCAGUGAUUCAGGCUCUGACCAUGAAAUGGAGGAAUGCAAUGAAGAUUUUGACUGGAAGUGGGAUCCCAAUACACUCUCAUCUUCUGUGUCCCUUACACGAGGUAAUCAAGAGGUGCUGUUCCAUCCUGAUUACAGCUGUGGAACUGCAGCAGCAAAAGGCUCCCAGCCCCUUUGUCAGGGGGGAGAAUACUACUGGGAAAUCAAGAUGACCAGUGCAGUCUAUGGUACUGACAUGAUGCUGGGAGUAUGUAAUGAUGACCUGGAUAUUACUCAAUACAAAACUUCAUUCUGCAGUCUUAUUGGCAAGGAUAGUAACAGUUGGGGGCUCUCUUAAACUGGUAAUUUUUAUCAUAAAGGAAAAGCCCAGAAGUUCUCCUCAAGAUUUGACCAUGGCUCAGUUAUCGGAGUUCAUCUGGAUACAUGGCAUGGGAAGCUUUCUUUCUUUAAAGACAAUGAGCCACUGGGUGUGGCAGCUAAUGGACUUAACGGGAAACCAUUGUAUCCUGUAGUGUCGUCAACUGCUGCAAGAACAAAGAUGAGGUUGCAACGUAGUUCAUCUUCAUCUUUUUCACUGCAGUAUCUGUGUUGUGCAGCAAUUGGUAAACAUCUUCCGAAUCUUGAAGCUCUCAAGGCUUUACCCAUACCCCCAGGGGUGAAACGUCAUCUUUGUAAUGAACUUGAGUGGAUCUUUAAGGUUCACCUUCCCUCACAAGUGAAGAAAACCAGUGGCACUGAUUUGUGAUGUCUGUUACUUAAACACAUUUUAAUUUGUAUCAAGGAAAUGAAAUGUCCUCAUUAAAUGGAAAUAGUGUCCUUAGUUGAACCUCAGUCAUGCUGGGAAAAGUGAACUAGAAUUAUAUAGCCAAUGAAGGAAAAGGUUUACUAAAUAUAUUUUUCAUAUGAUCAGAAUAAUGUUAAUACUGAAUAUGUAUAUGUUUUUGUGCAUCAGAAAUUGCUAAAUAAGUUGAGUUACUUAGUUCGAAGUUGUCAAAGUGAAUCUCAAGUACUGAAAACAGCUACCACACAGAUAUUGGUGUUAAUACUGAUAGUGUUCUUUUGUCUACUCAGCCAGAAGCUUCCUAUUUUGUUUAGAAUGACUUGAAAUACAAAUCCCUGGAAAUUUUAAAUGAGUUACUACAGCAAGAGAUAAGAUUAAAAUUUAUGGCUAAGUGAUUGCGGAAAUUGAAAAAUGUCGUGGGUAGUUGCGUUGGCUUCCAAAGUAUACAUUGAAUUUUUAUUUUAAAGUUAGGUACUAAAAGUUUAAACAACAACUAUAGACUGAGGUGCUUGGUUUAAAGACAGUUAUUUGUAGAAUUGUAUUUAUGAAACCUUUUUUUGUACCUAUCCUUAUAAAUAUGUCAAAGUAAAUUAUAAUUUAUAUCGUGAAAUAGGUCAUGAUAGUAAUUGUGGUAGAUAACACAUUACCAGAGAAAUCUCUUUUAUUGUUAUUUAUUUUGAAAAAGGAUGAAAAUAAGAGAGACAGUGUAUGUCAAAAUGCAAAUAAUCGAAAGC